AUGCCUAGGCCAUAUUGCAAGAACUCGAAGAGAUGCCCAGACGCACCUGUGGCCCAUAUAUGGACAUCUCUCGGUCUAGUCAUAGUGUCAGCACUCAACCUGGCUAUAAUAGUCUGCGCGUCGAUAUGGUUUCAUCAACUGGGACGAAAUGGUCCAUACAGAAGGAUCGAGAUGUCCACGAAAGUUAAAACAUUCAUAUACGCCUUUGCAUUGCCAAUAACGACAUUCAUCGCCGCUCCACUAGGAAUUAUUUUGGCCCAGAAGCGUAUCCUUACGCCUGCUCUGGCUGUGAAAGGCGGCGGCAUCCUUUUCAUCGGAUGGGCGACACAGACUAGCGUGUGGUUUUCUUGCGAGUCUGAUUCAGAUUAUGGGGUGUACCAUCGAACCAACAACAGUAAAUUUUGUCCUAGCCUUGUGAUCAGUAGUCACCAUCAAGCAGUAGGCACCGCAAGAUGGUGGACCGGUCUGAUGGUCACUCUACUCAUUUUCUCCCAUCUAGGACUUUCGGUGAUGGAGCUUUCAAGAAGUAAAAGAGCAUAUAGCAACAUAGAGGAUAAGGCAAACAGCUGUUACAACGAAGGGGAAUGGAUAGAGAAGGUUGCGUAG